UAUGAUUAGUUCCAAUCAUGAAAGUAAAAACUAAACAAAAUAGAAAUAAUCUAGAGAUUUAUAGAAAUAUUUAAAGUGUCUAGAACAAAUAAUUAUAUAGGUCUGUCAUCUGUGAAGUGGACUCUAGUUAUAGUUUUAUAUAUCUAUUGUGAAGAUCAAAAAGUAUAACUUUAAAAACAAAAAUGGCCCCUUCCACAGUUUCCACAACAAAAAAAGAUGUUCCUAUUAAGCGGUCCAAAUUAAUCCGAAAUUCAACUUUAUUUUUAUGUUUAAUCGGACUUUGUAUUUCAGUAUUUGGCCUUUAUAUAGAAAUAAUAAAGUCAAAGAACAAAGAUUAUGUUGCUUUAUGUGAUAUAAGUGGAUAUGUUACAUGUUCACGAGCUCUAACUUCCAGAUAUGCUAAAGGUUUUGGGCUGGUGGAUAAGAUCUUUAGCAACACAAGUAUUCUGAAUCAGCCUAAUACUGUAUAUGGCAUGGCUUAUUUUGCCUUUCAGGCCACAUUAGCAUUUAACCCAUCCUCCUCAGCUGCUGUGGUUCAGACAGCCUUCAGCAUUCUAGCCAACAUAGGAUCAGUUUACCUUGGCUACAUAUUAUUCUACAUCAUUAGGGACUUCUGCGUAAUCUGUGUCUCAACAUAUGUUGUUAACUUUCUCAUGCUGUUGGUGCUGUUAGUCAAACUGAAGAACUCUGUUGCUGAGGAUAUUAGAAAAACCAUCAGAAAGAAGAAGUGAUCAGGAUUUAUAUUUUCUAAGCUUACCUCUACCAUCAGUGCUCACAAAUACUUUGGUUGUGUUAAUUUAAUAUAGAAUUAUUCUCUACUAUAAGUAUGUCCAGUACACUUCUAUGUCUUUAGCAAAUGUAAAAGUUAUUAAACUGUAAAAGUUAUACUCAUUCAAUUAGUGUUGUAAUUGUUUUUAAAAAGCUAUAUUAUAUUUUAUAGUUAUUCUACUAAGGUAAAAGUUAGUUUAAAGCAUUUAUUCGCUGAAUAUUUUGUGUACAGUACUUGAAUUCGUUCAUAUAUAAAUUUUCCUUUUCACAAAUGAGCACAAAGAUAUUUUAUAAAAUGUUUUAUGAAAAUAGUCUUUUUUUUUUGUAAUUUACCUCUUUGUAUUUAUUUGUCCCUCUUUCCAAUUGUAGUAAAGUUUAAUAUUAAACAUGUAGUGAAUAUAGGCUAUUGAUUUUGUUUAUUAUAAUUUUAUAAUAUAUAUAAAUAUUUAUAUUCUGGAAAUAUUUAUUGAAUAAAUGUGUGUAAAAAAAGGAUCUCAAAAAGAAAGAAAGAGCUAGAAAGUAUUUUUUUUAUAUCUGUUUUACUUUUUCUGUUUUAUUUUAAAUAUGUAGAAAUGCAUUCUUCUUUUCAUACUAUCCCAGCUAAGAAUGUUUAACUUUUGUUGUACUAAUGUUGGUAAUGUUUUUUUUUUGUUUCUACCGGUAUUUAAAUUUCAACCAAUACUAGUCUACCAUGAAGUUCAUGCUUCCUACAUUUGUUUUGAGUGUUUUUAAUUUCCUAGUUGAAUGGGAUCCAUGGGUAUUUCACUUUUGUAACCUAAUUCCUUCAUGCCCAUUUAGUUUUAUUAUUAAUGAUAAUGAAAAUAAUGGCACAUGUUCAGCCAUGUUGGAUAUGAAGAAAUCGUUUUUUGCACUUGGUUCAUCACAUUCAACUUAGUCUGUUGUUCACUAUGAUGAAAAUGUUAGUUAUUAAUGCCAAUGUUUUUCAUGUAAAAUCUCCAGUUAAUGGAAGUAUGGAUAACUUGAAAAGGUGAACUGUCUUUUAUACAAAGAACAAUAUAAAAUAUAUUUUAGAAUAUGUAAUACCUUUCUGUUUGUUUAAAGUUACAUUAAUUAAUCCUUUUCAUAAAUGGUGUGUUUGCAAAUAUUUUUUACAUUUACUAUUAAAAACUCCUAUAAGAGUUCUUUUUUUUUUCCAAGUGCCAUUCUAACAUUGAACAUACUGCUUGAAAAAGCCAUAAAAUUCAAUGACUUAGUACGGAUUUACUCUUGACAUGCAGAGGUUGUAAUAAUCUUUUUGAGGAUGGAAGUCUGUAAGUUAUAACAUAAGAUAAAAUAAUACAGUUUUCUAUGCUCAAACUUGAUUUUGCUAUAAAAUUAUAGCAAGAUGUGCUAAAGUACAUGUAACUGCACACAAAGUCAAUGUCUUAGAUAAAAAAAACAAGACUAUGAUACCUAAGUGUAAAUAUAAAAAGUAGACCAAUAAUUGUAACCAUAAUAUUCGGCUUAUUUUCAAUUUUUCUACGUUUCUGAAUUAGGUCGUAAUCAUUAGAAUUUCUUUUUUACUUAACCAAUUAAAAAAGCUUUGCCAUCUUAAAAGUAAUUGUAGGACAUGACAAUGCUGUUGUAAUAAACAAAAGAAUAAAAUUAAUAUUAUUAUUUUUUCUUUAA